AUGUCUCCUUAUCGGGAGGCGGAAGGGUUUCAAGCGCUGCCUGUGCCAGACAAAUAUCACCAAACUUCCAUGUCUGAAUGCGACCCGAAGCGACAUCGGGCAGGAUCAUCCAUCACAGCCAACAGCUACGCCCCCUCAUACCUGAUUCGAUCAGAAGAACGGGUCGAUAAACGCAUCCAGGAGCUCUGGGAGCAGCUGCAGAACCUCGCGCGGAUCGGAGAGGCCUUCCACUUCGACAAGUGGCUGAAUUACGUCGCCUCUGUUGGCGAAUUGACCUUCUCGACACGGUUGGGAUUUGCGCAAAGGCGACGACAUCGACAGCUCCAUUCGCAGCAUGCGGUUUCUCAUGACCAAGCAGUUAUGGGCUACAUGUACUGGCUGCACCCGUUUAUCCUGCACAGCCCGUUUGCAGGAUACUUGGGCCUCAAUCCGGAUGUCAACCUCUUCGAAACGACAUGGCCCCCCAGUGGAUCUGUAACUAUCGAAAAUGGCCCCGAUCGUAUGGAAGAGCCCGAGAUACUGGCCGUGGCAGGUAUGACCACCAUUGCGGGCUCGGAGACCAUGACCGGAGCGCUGGCCAGUAUGUUCUACUUCAUACUGAAGAAUCCCGAUUGCAUGGCCAAGUUAAAGCAGGAAUUGAAGAAAGCCCACGUUGCGGGUCAGCUAUCGCCGGUCGUUCAGUACGAAGAGGCUAAAAACUUCCAUAUCUCCAAGCCUGAGUACUUUGCCUAUGCAGAGAUCGGUAAGAUUACGGCGACUGUGCUUCGCGACUUUGAUAUUGAAUUGGAGAAGCCGGAGACGGAGUGGGAACAUCGCAGCCAUUUCACCAUUGCGCAGUGGAAUUGGCCGGUCAAGAUCCGUCAGGCAGUCUAUGCUGCCUGA